AUGACCAAUACGCGGGCUACCUUUGUCAAAGUCAAUCCUAAAGGUCAAGUCAAUUACCAUCCGUGUGAGCUACAGGACUCUGUGACUAGGGCUGAGCACCAAAACUUCAAAGUUGAACCCAUUGGAGCAAUCAGCGACUACCCUCGGCACAUUCCUUAUAAUAGCGAGAAGAAGGAUUUCCAGGAGAAGACUGGGCGAGAUGCUUUCGAAGUCUAUCAGUAUAGGUUUCGUGUUCCUGGUGAACUUCAGGAUAAAGAGCCCCAUGUAGUCAUGUGGGACUAUACUACCGGCUGGGUGAGGAUAACACCAUUUUUCAAGAGCUUGAAACAUUCGAAGACAAUGCCUGCAAAAGUUAUGACUGCGAAUCCUGGGCUCAAAGAUAUCAGUCAUAGCAUUACAGGUGGUUCCAUUAGUGCACAAGGAUAUUGGAUACCGUAUGAAGCUGCACGAGCAAUUGCUGCGAAGUUUUGCUGGGAUAUUCGCUAUGUCCUCACGCCUGUCUUUGGUAUUGAUUUCCCCAGGAUAUGCUUGAAAAAAGAGGACCCAGGCUUUCUAAAAUUGAGUAUCGAGAGAGACAUCAUUGUUCGUUGCACGGAGCAAGCAAAAAGAUUCCGAGAGACUCAUUACGAAAAUCAAACUGCUGGAAGUCCACCAACCGCUCCACCCGUCAUUCUUGGGAAAUCUAUUUGGCGUCAACCUGCCGUGAAGUUGGACUACGAAAGCGGUUAUUGUACGGAUACCGACCGCAGCAUACCCACGUCACCUCAGUCCGCUUCUGGAGCGUUCAUGCCAGUAAAUGCCCCAAAGGCACUCAAGCCCAGCCACCGUAUCCCCAUGUCAACUUUCAAAUUGGAUGCAGCUACUCCUCUAAGCAACAACGAUUCCUGCGCCGGGCUCAUAACAAGAACUCGAACAAAGAGACUUCGCGAGGUGAAAGACAAUGCUCCGCAGGAUAAUCAGUCUAUGCAUAUCUCAUGCCACGUUGACACAAUACCGAACAAGCGCGCAAAGUUUUCUGCCAUUGGAGAGGAAGCUCGAGCAGCGUACACACUGAUGCAAUUAUAUUUGGCAGAUGCAGCCCUCGCAAGCAAGAGCAGAGCGACCCCACACCGAGCAUCAAGCUAG